GUACAUUUAAGUGUGAUAGGAUACGGUUUAACCAUGAGGACUUAUUUAACGUAAAGCAUAAACUGGAAAAAGGAGCAUACAUUGAAUAUUAUUGUGAUGUCCAGGAUUCUAAUCAUGAAUAUUCUGAACAAAAACCUUUUGAGCAGUUGUAUGCUUGGGUCAAAAGCACGUCCAGUUAAUAGGGCGAAUGCAGUUGGAUCAAACUUCAACAUACUAAAUGGAGGCACAGGCUUCUUGACAAACUCUUUGAACAUUUCUGCACUGACGUGUGUUGUGCAUAGAUGUGUUGCAGUACAAUCGAGUGGCAACAUAUCCUGUGGGUCAGGAGCUCAACCUAGAGUCACUGGCCAAAGAGAUUGUCAGUCAAGACACUUACAGGAUUGUGGACAUGCCAACAGAUUUGCAAGGAAAUCUUCAAGAUGUUAUUAUGACAACUGCAAAGUACAAGUUUGAAGGCCAAAUAAGAGAUGCUUUUUUCUUCAGAGAUGGAACAGUUUCUUUAUGGACAAUGUCAGAAUCUGAGAAGGAUGACGUUCUGCAGCUGGUGCGAAGACAUUGCAUCCAUCCAUACAACCCAGUACUGACAGAACAAGAGAGUGAGAUCAUACCUGUACAGAAUGACAUGGCCUCUAAACUUGUGCGGGGUAUAAUCCACAUUCGGAGCUUACCUGGAGACGGGAAGUAUGAAGAGAUCACCAUGAUGGAGAAGUUUGCCUUCUCUAAUGCCAUGGCCCAGUCAGUGACUUUGGCAAUCAACGAGAACAAGUUGGAGAAGUUUAUUGAUCAGUUGGAAUCAGAAACGCAGCUACUUCGUGAUGGACAGCCAUCCCAGUUGAAGAGGCGUGAUAUCAACAUGAAGUUAGGAGAAGUAUUCUUACACAGGCAUGAGAUCAACUUGGAGUCAGGUUUCCUGGAUGUGCCAGAUGUCUACUGGGAGCGGGAUGACUUGGAGCAGCUGUACAGGAGUACAUUUAGUGAUCUGAAUGUUUCCAAACGUAUACAGGUGUACAAUGCUCGCCUGAACUACUGUUCAGAGAUCCUGCAGCUGCUUAGCAACCAGCUCAAUGACAAGCACCAUGUGAGGCUGGAGUGGAUCAUCAUUAUCCUCAUCUUAAUUGAGGUUUUGUUUGAAUGCCUGCACUAUGCUGAAAGGUUUGGCUGGAUUCCUGUACCAAGCCAGGUCUCUGACCCAAGACCUCUGGUGCUGAGCUCUAACAGACGAGUACCAGCAGAAUCCUCAUCUGACAGUCUGGUACCCAGCGUAAAGUCAGAUUAAUAGGUUUCAACUGUAUAUAUUACACCCAACCAACUAUUGAACAGCAAUUGUAUUUAGCUUGUGUAUGCCUCUUUAAGAAGUGUUUGAUGUAAGCUUUACUUGAAUGUUCAUUUUCAUGAUGUUUUUUACAUUCUAUAUCGUUUGUUGUGGUGCAUCUGAAUCAAUAUUUGGUGAUGUUUUUGAUGCUAGUUCAAGAGUUUUUUUAACAAGUUGUAAAACAUGAGGGAGUUAUCAACUUUUUAUUUGUUAUUUACGGAAAAAGGGCUCUCUGAAAAAAGUUAAAACGUUGUGAUAACUUAUUUGUACAAAUGUUGGGUUUUGAGUCCAGCAUGCAUAAUGUAUAUUAGCGAAUACGACUUAAGAAGGGAACUAUAAUAAUUUGUAAAUAUUUUAAUGUUUUGUAAGCCCUGUAGUUUAUUCUUUUCAGUAACCAAAGUAUAUGUGUCAGUUAUUUUAGCUCCACUAUUCACAGAAUUGUCUGAGCAUGACUACUUACCCAUUUUAAACACUUUACAACAUCUCAAUGUCACUGUUUCUCCCACAGUUAUUCAACUUGCCACACAUAUGAUAGCACAUUAUGUGAGGUCACUGACAAAGUUCUACAAGUGCAUAUACGCCCCAUUUUUAUGUCCCCCACCACUAUAGUGGGGGACAUAUUGUUUUUGCCCUGUCUGUUGGUUGGUUUGUUCGUUGGUUUGUGUGUUUGUUUGUGCAAACUUUAACAUUUGCAAUAACUUUGCAAUAUUUAAGAUAGCAACUUCAUAUUUGGCAUGCAUGUGUAUCUCAUAGAGCUGCAUUUUUGAGAGGUGAAAGGUCAAGGUCAUCCUUCAAGGUCAAAGGUCAAAUAUAUGAGUCAAAAUCGCUUAUUUAAUGUACACAUUUGCAGUAUUGAAGAUAGCAACUUGAUAUUUGGCAUGCAUGUGUAUCUCAUGGAGCUGCACAUUGUGAGUGGUGAAAGGUCAAGGUCAUCAUUCAAGGUCAAAGGUCAAAUAUAUAGGGACAUAGUGUUUCACAAACACAUUGCUUGUUAUCCCACGCCAUAGGCGGAGGGAUAUUGUUUUGACGUUGUCCGUCCGUCCGUCUAGCACUUUUGUGUCCGGAGCCAUAUCUUGGAAGUGCUUUGGCAGAUUUCAAUGAAACUUUUUUUUUUUUAACAUACAUCUCAAUUACAUCAUGAUUCUACAUAUUAACAAAUAUAACAUAGUUCAUCGGUUACAUAUAUACUUGAGUAUUAUUUACAUUCACUAUUAAUGCACACAUAAGUUAUUCAGGUUACUAACAACAAUAAUAUGUUAACAUCCAUGUUUUUAUGCUUCAUAUCCUUACCAGAAAAUAAAUUGUUGAGAUGAUGCUAUAAAUUUUUGUUGAGAUUGAAAAAGGGGAGAAGAUUAGUUAAUUAAGGAAUGGGAAAAUAAUUUAGAAAAAAAAUCAAAAGACACGCUAUGUUUGUGACUUUAGCGGAAAAACACACUGAAUUUCUGUGUGCUUAAAAUACGCACUUACUUGUUUUUGACGAUUAUCUUAAAAGAAGAAAAGGGAAAGGAGACAGGAAUAAACAAAACUAAAACAGAAGUAUCAUAAGAAAAAAAAAGGCUAUAGGCAAGAUUCUUUAAGGAGUUAAUACAAAAUUGUACCAUUUUUUAUUGUGUUGAUCAAGUUUAUCUUUUCUAAAGGCAAUUUGCUUCUCUAAUUUUCGAUCUUAGAGCGUUUUUGAAAAACUCGAAGUUUGGCUUUUCCGUUCUUGAUUUAGAACUGAAUAUGUAAGAAUUCAUCAGAAUUAUUAUAUAAUUUAUUACUUGAUUAUUUGAGCCUCUUUUUGUGGUACCAAAUAAAAUAUCAUUUACAUUUAGAUCAAUUUGUAAUUGUUUGCUGAUUAAGAACAAUGUUAGCUCCCUCCAUAUGUGUUGUACAGAAUUACAUUCAUAUACAACAUGUAUAAUUGUUUCCUUAAAACUUGAGGAAAAGCUGCAGAGACUUGAAGCUACUAAUUUUAAUUUAUACAAAUAUGCAUUAGUGGGUAAUAUGAAAUGAAGGAUCUUGUAUUGGAAAUUGCGUAAAUUAUUAUCGAUGGUGGCUUUAAAUGGCUUUUAAUGGUGUCAAAUAAGCAUGUUUCCAGUCAAUGCUAUGUUCAUAUGAGGACAUUAUUUGUUCCCAUUUACUUUCUUGUUUGGAUUUAUUUUCAUCUAAAGUUUGUUGUAGAUAAUACAAGUAUUUACACACUUUUUAGUUGUUUGUACAUUUUGUAGUAAUGUGUUAUUAUUAAAGUUGACAGAUUCCAUUUCAGAUAGUUUUUGUUUGUAAGCUAUUGGGAUACUUUGGAUGAGUGUGCAAUAUUUAAGAAAAUCUGUUGAGGGUAAUUCAUAAAAGUUUUUAAAUGCUUCAAAUGUAUAAUAGUUUUUUGACCUAAAGUCAUAUAUGUGUUCUAAAAACUUUAUUCCCUUAUUACACCAGUUAAGGUAAAAAAGGUAUUUUGGUUAUUUUCUAUUGUUGAGUUAUUCCAUAUAAUCGUUUUGUUUACAUGCCUUGCUUUUUCAGUUGAUUUAAUCGUGUUCCAAGACAAAAUAACAUCUCUGAGGAAUACAUUUUUAAAGUUUGAAACAAUAUGAUUGUCAUUAAGUGAACAUUCAAAUACAAGAUUUUCGCCAUAUUUAUCGAGUUCGUUUUGAUAGAAAAUUUUCCACUGCCCUGUAUUGUUCAUAUAAGUUAAUCUUUUUACCCAACUAGCCUUAUUUGCAUGUAUAAGGGCACUAAUAACAAUGCGUUUCAGCCCUCCCUGUUAUAUUGGUUUAACAAGAGUUGUUCUUUUUAUUUUUUCAGGUUUACAAUUCCACACGAAUUGGAAUAUAGAUGCAUAAAUGUUUUUUAUUAUAUCAUGAUUAGGGGUUGGAAGUGCUGAAAAUGUAUACAUAAUUUUUGGUAGGGCAAAUGUUUUAACCACCGUGACUUUUCCAAGAAGUGUUAAUUUUCUGUGUUGCCACUGUUUUAAACAAUUUUUAAAGGCUUGCAAUUUUGGUUGAAAGUUUUUGUAUAUAUCAAGAUUUUCAUCAUUUGUAAAGUAAAAGCCAAGUGUUUUGGCUUCUUCAGAGGUCCAAGAAAAAUGUUUGUGUUUAUCAAAUUUAAUUUGUGUUUUUUUUAGUGAACCAACGCGCAUUACUAUGGAUAUUUUCGUAUUUAGUUUGAGUCCAGAUAUUUCACUGAAUUCUUGAAUGGUAUCUAUCAGUGCUGAGAACGAAUUGGGUGUUCCAUCUGUCAGAUACGUUGUAUCAUCUGCGAAAAGCGUUUGCUUGAUUUCUUGUUCUUUUAUUUUUAUUCCAUGUAUAUCUGCAUUUUUUUCAAUACAGUUCGACAAUCUUUCUAUGUUUAAUAUAAAAAGUGUUGUUGACAACGAACAGCCUUGUUUUACUCCUCUUUGAAUAGAGAUUGGUUCAGAUAAAUAUCCGUUAUUUAUGAUUAUGGUACUUAUGUCCGUGUAAAAUAAUGUAAUCCAUUGUAUGAGCUCAUUUCCAAAAUUAAAAUGUUUAAGGCUUUUUAACAUGAAAUCAUGAUCUAAACUGUCAAAUGCCUUUUCAUAGUCUGCAAAGAAAAGUAGGCCUGGCUUGUUAUUGUUAUUAAGAUAGUGUAUAGUUUAAAAAAUUGUUCGGACGUUUUUGCCGAUAAAUCUGCCUUUAAUGAAUCCAGUUUGUCUUGAUUCAACAAUAGAUGAAAUAACUUUUUUAUUCUGUUUGCUAUUGUUUUUGUCGCAAUUUUAUAAUCAACGUUUAAUAAACUUAAGGGUCUCCAAUUAUCAAGUGAAUCAAGAUUCUUCCCUGGUUUGGGAAUCAUUGUAAGAAUACAUUGUACUUUGUUUUUGAAGUUGAGUUAAUUGUCCAUUUACAAAGGAAUGGUUUAUAGAAUUAAUAUAAUAAGUUUUGAUAACUUCCCAAAAUACUUUGUAAAAUUCUGCUAACAAACCGUCUGAGCCAGGACUUCUAUUGUUAUCCAUCUCUUUUAAAGCGUUCAAACAUUCAUAUUCUGUGAGCAAGCCGUCACAUGAUUGUUUCUCGCUUGUUUUCUGUGAGUUUUUUAAUAUUUAAAUUAAAGAAAUGUGAAUUAUUAAGAGUAUUUAUAUCAGUGUAUUUUUUCUUGCUAUAAAGGUUUGCGUAAAAGUUCUUUUUGUUCAUUCAAUAUAGAGUUUGUGUCUGUGACUUCAAUGUUGUUUUUUGUUAACUUAUGAAUGGUUUUACUUUCGUAAUGUCUUUUUUCAAGAUUUGCAAAGUAUUUGGUAUUUUUCUCAUUAUGCUCAACGUGUAUAGCUCUUGCUCUUACUAACAUGCCAUUUAUUUUCUCAUCUAUAAUUUUUUCGUAUUCUAUUUUUGUUUCUUUAAUUAAUUUUAGUAUUGUUUCGUCAUUAUGAGUGUCCUUAUUUAAUUUGUUCUCUAGUGAAUCUAAUUUGUAAAUAAGAUUUUGUUCUUUUUCCUGGUUUUGUUUUUUUGUCAUUGAAGAGAAUUUUAUACUUAUGUUUCUUACAGUUCCUUUUA